AGACCAGACCAGCUGUUAUCGUGCCCACUUCUCUCUAGAGAUUGUCUAUUUCGUCACUCAGAUGAGUCGCUACAUGAGAUCGUACCUUGCAGGCCAACACUAGUAUAGAUAGCGACGACAAGGUGAAUCACUCUUGAGAGUGGACCGACCGUAUCCCCUUUCUCCAGUGAAGUUAUCUUUCGAGUAGGAUGGAAACUACAGCUACUGUCGAACGCAAGAGCCCUGCCUCCUCGCAUCUGGAGAAGGACCCCAAGGUCUACAGCGACGUAGUCUCCGUGGAUGAGAAGCGGGAUCUCCAGAAGCUCGACAGAGCAGCAGAGUUCCUUGCCAACUACCGUGCUGAGCAUGGGGAAGUUCCUCCCUUGACUCCGAAGGAGGAAAAGGCCAUGAUUCGUCGGUUUGAUCUUCUUCUGGUACCGCUGCUUACUAUCACGUCUACCUUGGGGGCACUGGACAAAGUUGCGGUUGGGCAGGCUGACAUCUAUGGAAUGGCGACAGACGCGAACCUUGUCGGUCAACAGUACUCUUGGAUCAGUUCGGGCAUCUACAUCGGUACCAUCAUCGGCGCUCUUCCCCAGAUGUGGUUGAUGAAGCGCUUCACCACGAGUAAGUACAUCGCGGUGAACGUCUUUAUGUGGGGCGUCCUCACCAUGUGCAUGUCUGCCUGCAAGAACUUUAAGUCGCUCAUAGCCCUUCGUAUCAUCUUGGGAUUGUUCGAAAGUAUCGUUAUGUCUUCUUCUCUACUGAUCCUCUCCGGAUUCUACAAGCGAGCCGAGCAACCCGCUCGCACAGCCGUUUGCUUCUCCACUUUCUCUUCCGUCUUCAACGGUUUCAUAGGAUAUGGCUCUUCCUUUUCUCCCUCAGAUGCCCGCCUGGCUCCCUGGAAAAUUCUCUUUAUCGCUUGUGGUGGCGUAACCGCCAUAGUUGGAAUCCUCAAUUUCUUCUUCCUGCCGUCCACGGUCAUGGAUGCCGUGUGGAUGAAGAGCCCGCUGAAAAGGGCGCAGGCCCUGGACAGGGUAAAAGACGAACAACUAGGGACGGAGAAUCAUAUUGUCAAGUGGGAGCAAGUGAGAGAGGCGUUCACGGAUCCGAAGACAUACUUCGUCUUCGCGAUUUCGCUAUUGAACAACAUUCCCAACGGUGGCCUCAUCGGUUUCAACUCCAUUGUCAUUAAAUCCCUCGGCUACACCUCCCGCAUCACCUCCCUCCUCACUAUUCCUACCGGCGUGAUCUCGUUCAUCGCCUCUUUCUUCUUCUCGUGGCUCGCAGGCCAUACGACUCGGUACCGCACAGUCAUUGCCGCUAUCAGUGUCAUCCCGCCAAUGAUUGGUGUUAUCGUGCUGCAUGUGUUACCGCUAGAGAACCAUAAUGGGAGAUUGGCAGGUAUCUACGUGCUGUAUACCUACUGGUCUCCAUAUAUUCUCGGACAAGCUAUCAUGCUGAAUAACACCGCCGGUCUGACGAAGAAGACUGUCGUUUACGCCAUCAACUACAUUGGGUAUUCAGUAGGCAAUCUUGUUGGGCCACAAACAUUCCUCACGAACGAAGCCCCAGCUUAUAGCACCGCAAUCAAGACCAUGCUCUGCUGCUACGCCAUCGACGCUCUCCUCUUCCUCGCCUACGGUUUCUAUUGCAGAUACCUCAACCGCCGCAAAGCCGCUCACCUCGCGUCACAGGCAUCUUCGCUGGGUGGUUCAGCGUCGGAGAAGGAUGGAGAACAGGUGCCAGAGUUGAUGGACGAUGCGUUGGCGGAUUUGACGGAUUUGAAGAACCCACAUUUCGUGUAUAUCACUUAG